ACAGCGGGCAAGACCAUUGAAAAGCUGCGGUGUGUCUUCGCAUCGUAUGGGCUUCCGGAAGAAGUGGUUACGGCCAACGGGCCCCAAUUUACCGCAAGGACCUUCGCGGACUUCUUGCAGAAGAACGGAGUGCGUCAUACAAGGACUCCACCAUACCAUCCGGCCUCGAACGGGAGCGCCGAGCGCUGUGUGGAGACAGUAAAGCGAAACCUGCUGCGCCAGCUUCUCGAGGAGAGAAAAACAGAUAUCAAGAAGCCCUUACAGCAUCGGGUCGACCUGUUCCUCUUCAGGUAUCGGAACACGCCUACCGCUACUGCGGGGCAGACACCUGCGGAGCUGUUUCUCUCGUGGAAACCUCGCACACGCCUGAGCCUUCUGCAACCAAGCCUGGAGGGUCGCACGCACGAGCGGUUCUCCAGGGCGAAGAAGACAGCAGACGAACGAAGAGGCCCGUGGAGAUCGUUCGAAGUGCAAGCACGUGUUCUAGUACAAGGUCUUCGUCCUGGUGACGCGAAGUGGUUGCCUGGCGUUGUAGAAAAGUGGUGCAGUGCUUCCACCUAUAUCGUUUGUGUGAAUCAGGAAAACAGACUUUAUGUCGGAGCCAUCCACCACGAGGUCUCCCCUGCCAACGACGGAGACCCCGAGCCCCACAGCACCAACACCUGA